AUGAACGACAAAAAGUUGGUCGCUCUGAUAGCCCUAAUCCUCGCCCUAGCCUAUCCCGCCUACUGUUGCACAUGCGCUUUUGGGAAAAUCAAACAAAAAUACUGUGAUGCUGAUUGGGGUAAGUUAAAAUUCAUUUUAUCAAGGGUUUGAUUGAAUCCAACGCUCAGAUUUUCUUUAAUUCUUACAUGCGCGAUCAAAGUAUCUCAUGAAUGGAACUGAGAAAUCGCAGUCAUGUUCUGCAAGCGCCGCGAAUGCUGAACGAUUUUUGCCAAGAAAAGACUAUGGAAAAAAGGAGAACAGGCGAGAAACGGAUGGUUCUUUGGGCCAAAAUUUGGUGAAAUUUGCGAGAAAAAAGUUUUUUUAGUGAGAGCCUAUUCUUCACGCUUAUGAAGGUAACAGCCAAUUUUUUGUCUCGGAUGUCCCAAAGAAGCGAUAUAACGCAUUUUCAGCGGUAAAGUCGUUAUGAUUUCUGCAAAAAUCAUGCGUAAAAACUAAUACAAACAAAGAUUUCACUAAUCUUCAACAUUUUUAUUUCAGUUUCUCACGCGAAAAUCGUCAACCUCGAAAUUGUCAACACAACAGAUCAUGACGACGCUUUUCCAUACGUUCAGGAUGUAAAAUACACCAUAAAAUUUCUGAAAGUUUUCAAAUAUCCGGAGGAAUUGAACAGCACCGCUCUGCCCACUACGGUCUACACCCCAGCCGAGGAUGGACUUUGCGGAAUAUUCUUGGACAAAGGAAAGGAAUAUCUGCUUUCAGGUGAGUCUACUGGCAGUAAUUCAUUAAUUUUUUUGAUAUCAAAAAGUAUUGCAGAGAUGAAAAUACUGGGGGUAUGAAUAGAGAUCAAUUUGUAGUUUUCUCUUGGUUCUUUUGAAGCUCGAAAAAGGUCGAAAAAGUUGUCCCCGAAGCAACCUUCUUUUUUCUGAAGAAGCAAUCAUUUUGGUGUCGAAUGGUAUCAAAAAGUAUCAGAGACACAAAAAUGAUUGCUUUUUUGAAGAAAUAAGGUUACGGGGAUUUCUUUUGCGACCUUUGUCGAGCUUCAAAAAACAAUGAUAAAACUUCUACAGUGGGCGACCUGAUCCAGUGGCAAAAAACGUGCCAUUUUGCAUCCGGGAAGUGUUAAAAAUGUGGCAAAAUGUUUCCCCCUCCAAGUGAAAAACUUUGUUUUGAAGGGCGCGCCCUUAUUCCUCACAAAAAGAGCGGGCGCGCUCUUGAAAUCUGAGUCUUUCCACUUGGGGAGGGAGGUAUUUUGCCAUAUUUUUUGAUGCUUCCUGGAUGCAAAAUCGUACGUUUUUUGCCACUGGAUCAGGUCCACCACUGUACAAGUUUUAUCAUUGUUUUUUGAAGCUCGACAAAGGUCGCAAAAGAAAUCCCCGUAACCUUAUUUCUUCAAAAAAGCAAUCAUUUUUGUGUCUCUGAUACUUUUUGAUACCAAAGGUGUUCGUUUCAACACAAAAAUGAUUGCUUCUUGAUAAUAAAAAAGGUCACUACGGGGAUAACUUUUCCGACCUUUUUCGAGCUUCAAAAGAACCAAGAUCAAACUACAAAUUGAUCUCUAUUCAAACCCCCAGUAUUUUCAUCUCUGCAAUACUUUUUGAUAGCAAACUUGGCUCAUUUUUAUUCAUUUUUUUUGACCAUUUCGUCGACUGAAGUAGGACUGGCUCUGUUUUGAGGAGCUUCUGUUUUCAAGUAAUCUGAUUUUCACUGCCAACCCUAUCAUUUUUAUUUUUCAGGCAGUUAUUAUAACGGCACAAUGACCACCAACUUAUGUCUUCAAAUCUUGUUUGACGACAAGCACAAAUCGAUGGAAAACGAUAUUCUCCUUUGGGCCGAGGUUCCAAAAACCACAGUGGCGGAUUUGACGAAGAAAAAACACGAUCCUUGCCCGAAACGACUGAUCUAA